AUGGGUAAGAAGAAGACAGCGAAUAAGAGGACUACUACGGCCCCGACAAUCCUUCCGGCAACUAACGGAGGAUCAUCGGAUGUGGAUGCUAGCCCCACGGCAUCGAGCUUUGGCAAAGAUGAGAUAAGGAAUGCGACCAGUCCGACUGAAGGCUCUGCUAAAAGCCCGACAACGCCCAUUGCCGAAGCUCCCUCCGCUCCCAAAUCGAAGGGCCAGAAGAAGAAAGCUGCUGCCGCCGCAAAGAAAGCCGCCUCCGCCGCUGCCCGAGCCAACGAUGAUCCUAUCGAUACCGCCGGCAACUCAGAGGCCAAUGCAAAUGCGAAUAUCACGAAGCCGUCCUCGGAUGAACCCGAAAUUUUGAAGCCUCUCGACGGUACGCUCGAUUCAGCACGGGAACAAGACGUCGAAGGCGACGCAUGGGGACUGAACGAGGACGAGCCAGCCGUGGCUCAUGAUGACGUUAUGAAACCGACUGCGGACGAUUCUCCCUCGCCAGACGCCCAAGAUAGUAGCUCGGCCGACAACGUCCAAGUCGCUUCAACAGAGCUCAAUCGGGGGAGGAGUAAUGCAGUCUUGAAUGACGACAAGGCUUCCGAAACCGUGCCGCCGCCACUCACUGCGGAGGUCACUCCCGACGCGCUCCAAAUUCAUCUAAUGAACUCCCAAAUUCAGACGCGGCAGAUCUGCGAACCUAUGGAUUUACCUCCUAGGCCCUCGGACGACGAUAAUACCCCUCUUGCGCAUAUUGCUGGAAGUAAAGCCCCUGCUAUUAAUACCAAUCUUGUGUCUGAUGGACUUGUCAACGGAGGCGCGAGAAAAGAGACGCCGAGUUCUGCUGGCGAGAACCUAGGAGGUGCUCAGUUUAGAUACGACUCUCACACAACUGGAACUAGUGCCUUUUCCAAUAAUCCUGCCCGACCAAAUGCGCCAUCAAUUUCGCCUACUUCGGGAGUUCCCGCUCGUGGACCGGGCGGCGUCGGGUUCGGCUCAACAGCGCCUGCUCAGACUCCGACGACAACGACAUCUGGCUUCAACUUUGGCUUUGGCUCGCCGCAAAAGUCAACUCCUAAAAACGCGUCUGGGAUGUCUUGGGGUGCAGCAGCCUCUUCGAAACAGGCCAAAUCGUCUGGUUGGGGUUGGCUCAACAAAGCGCGCGAAACAUUUGAACAGGCCAUAGGCGACGAGCCAUCCCCUACCCCUGCUCCCGCUCCUGGUCCCACUCCCGCUUCUACUCCCGUGCCUGGUCCUGGCCCUCCCGCUCGCGCCCCGCCUGUCCGAUCCCCCUCUGUUGAGCGGGUCGCUCAAUCUUCUACAGCGGGCCCCACUAAUUCCAAUUCCAACUCCGAUGCUGCCCCUUCUUCCCCCAAUCGGCCUACUAGAGGCAUGACGUCUUUCGAGGCCAGGAUGGCCGCUUUGAAGCAAAAGGCGGCCACUGCCACGAACAAAGAUGGCCCAUCGGGGCCGAAGGCAGAAGCAGAAACGCCCAAGGCAUCGUCGCCCGUCACUCCCACUUCCAUUUCGGGUGUCUCUCCGAUUUCGCCCUCUGUGUCAACUCAAUCUCACACUCAAGCUCAACCUUUGCCUUUGCCUUUACCGACCUCGAUGACGAUGCCAACCGAGCAGAACCCACCGCGAACACCGGAUCAGGCCAUGGUCACGAGCGCGUUCUCGCCGCCGCCACGCGAGAGCACGGCCGAAACCGGAAAGGCUGGGAAGUUGGUCUCCAAGUUUGAUAACCAGGAGGCCCCUAUCGGCUCCAAAACGGCCAGCACGGGACUCCGGCUCCAAACUCAACCUGCCGCUCCGGAUCGUCGACGGAGCGAGUCCCCUGUAACGGUGCGAGAUGGCAAUGCCUCUGAAACUGAACGACCAUCGCUCGCGGACAUGCGGUCCACUUCUGCGCCGCUGCCCAAGACAUCUAUCAAUACCACAUCGCCUAGGACUCCCAGUAGCUUUAGUUUUGGAGCCGGCCUCGGUACUACCAAUCGGAUUAAUGGAGGGCGUUUUGGAUUCGGAGGCGGAGGAUUUGGAGGGAUCAGGCCGGGACCUGGGCCUAGUCCCAUGUCAACGCCCAUGGGGGAGAAGAACGAGACGAGGUUCGAGAGCCAGCGCGACGACGACUUGUCCUCGGUUAUUGAAGGAAGUGAGCCGAACGACUUGGAUUCGCAAGUCGGAGAGAACGAGAAUCAGGACUUGGACUCGCUCGUCGGCGAGCCAGAGGCCGCCAAUAUCCCUGUUACGAAUCUCCCAGGCAUUAAACCCUUCGUCGCUUCCCCUCCUCCUAUCACUACACCUGCCGCUGCCUUGGAAGUAACUGCCCCUCUUCCUUCUCCCACCCGUUCCGAACUUGAACCGGGAGCAGCCACUCCAGACGAUAAGACGAUUGCCGACCCCUCAGAUCUCGCGGAAGUCGCGCAGGAGCCCGUACCCCAAGACGAAGUCCUAAAUCAUGAGCCCCAAGUCGAGCCGCUAAUUACGAGUGAGCCUGUUCUGACGCCAGUUGAGGAGAAAGGAAUAGUAGACGCUGUCGCGGAGGAACCUGCUGCGCCACCUUCUGUGGAAGAGCCUGUUGUAUUGUCGCCUGUUGAGGGGCCUAUCAUAGAGCCCCAUGUGGAUGAGCCCGUAUCGCCUGCUACGCAUGAUGAAGUUCCUGCACCAGAAGCCACCGAGACGCCCGUGCCUGAGCCACGUGAUGAGCCACCAGCUGUGCUUUCGAUAGAACCGACCGUGGAGCCGUGGGAAGAGCCUGGAGUCGAGGUGGUUGUCGAGCCUACUCCCGAGACUACUGUAGAGCCGGUUGCUCAGCUUACUGUCGAGCCUACCGUUGAGCCUACCGUUGAGCCUACCGUUGAGCCUACCGUUGAGCCUACUGUCGAACUGAUUCCUGAAUUGACUCCCGAGUCAACUCCCGAACCGACUCUCGAGGUGGUUCCCGAGUCAUCUCAAUCCACCAUGGAGCCGGUUGUCGAGCCUGUAUUCGGUAUCCCAUUGAACCAACGUCGGACCGGCAGUCGAGCCCCUGCUGAGUUAAUGAGCGAACCUGUUGUCGAAUCUGUGACGGUCCCUUCCAUACUCGAACCUCCCACCGAGGCAUUUUCUCAGCUUCUUCCUCCCUCGCCUAUCGAGCCUCCAACUGUCGAACCUGUCCCAGCGGAAGGAACCGAAAUCUCCACUGAGAAACCGGUGGCUCCCAAACUUUCAAUUGACGUUCUUCAAGCCGACGGCUCUCGCAAGCCCAAGUCUCCUUUGCCCCCUACUCCCGCAACCCCUGCGACCCCUAUAACUCCUGCUACUCCGUCAAAGAAGAAAAAGAAGAAGGGCAAGAAGGGCGCUGCACCCAGCGAACCGGUUCCUGCUAUCCCCGAGACUACAUCUGAACCUGCGCCUGAAUCGGAACCUGCUUCUAAAUCAGAGCCAGUUUCCGUAUCGGAGCCCAUUUCAUGGCCGUUCUCCAGGCCGGAUCCUGCGUCACUCGAGGUCAAGCCAGUUUGGGGCAAUGAAAAGGCAGAGAGUCCGAUCCCUACUCCCAUUGAACCAAAGGCAAGUGGAACCAAUCCCAGAGGUCACCGUGCCCUCUCCGACCGCGGAGGUUGUUCAAGACGUACCAUCCAAGAGGAGCCAGUGUCUCCAACCAAGGGGAAGAAAUCCAAGCAGAAGAAGAAGCGCAAGAGCUCGACCGCACCUAUCCACGCUGCUUCACCGAUUGACGAUGUACCGCCUGUCUCCGAAGCGAAGGUAGAACAACCUGAGCUGAAGGUUAUUGAGGUCUCAGAGCCGGUUGCGGUUGAAUCUGUAGUGGCUGGGCCUGUGGAAGCGGAACCUGUUGUGACCGAGCCUAUGAUCGUCGAGCCUGUGCCGGUUGAGCCUAUUGUCACUGAGCCCAUUGCCUUCGAGUCCGCAUAUGCUGAAUACCCGGUUGACGAGCCCAAAGUCGACGAGCCCAAGGUUGUUGAGACCGUGGCUACCGAGCCCGAAUUUGUCGAAUUCGAGGUGACUGAACCCAUCUUGAACGAGCCAGUAGUUGAAGUCGCACGUUCUCCGGUGGUAGAGGAGCUGACAAAGAACGAAGAGAAUCGUACAGCCACCCCAGGCGAAGAUGCCGAAACCCCCAAGGUUGUCUCACAGGAGCUCCCCAAGCCAGCUGAACUGGCAGCUGAACUGGUAUCUGAUCCGGUUGAGAUCGCACAAUUGUCUCCCCUCAUGGACACCCCCAUCGAAGCUACCGUGGCCUCCCCCAUAGAACCCACACCUGAGCCUAUACUUGCGCCCCUCCCCGUUGAAUCUUCCCCGAAACUCAGCCCGGUACUCGAGACUCAGCCCGAACCAGAAGUUGAAGCAAUCGUAGAACUAGCAAUUGAGUCUUCUGUGGGAGUCAAUUCAGGGCCAGUGAUCGAAUUUGUACCCGAGCUUCCAGUCGAACCUGCGCCUGAGCCGGUCUUCGGAUUUCCUACCGAGCCAGUUCUGGAGGCGGAGCCGGUCGUGAUGUCUCCUACAGACGAACCUGUCAUCGAAAGGAUUGAGGUGGUAGGGCCCUCCCUUACUAUUACCCCCAUCUGCACCCCCACCCCUAUUCCCGGUGUUGAAGAUGAGCAUUCAGUUGAACGAGUGGUUGAACCUGCGGUAUCGCCGGUCGAAGUGCCGAAGGAGCCGCCAGUUCUGGAAACGAAACAAACCGUACCUUCUACGAGCAAGUCCCCAAAGAAGAAGAGCAAGCGGAAGGGUGCAGCUAAAGUGGCCGAAAUUACGAAGCCUGAGGUUCCAUCCGUGAUCACAGUGGGUGGAGAUGAGGUUAUCGAAGAGACCGUUGUGGUUUCAAGCCCUACUGCACCCAGGAAGAAGAAAGGCAAGAAGACCAAAGAUGUAGUUUCGGUUCCGACUCUGGUCGAGGAACGAGUGCCCACACCACCUCUUCCCUUGGAGGCUCCCGUGACCCUCGUUGAUACGCCCCAAUUAGAGAUGGAGGAAUCACGACCUAUCGUUACACCUUCGAUCCAGCUACUCGAGUCCCCGAUUCAGAUGGAGGCAACUCCCAAGAUUGAGAUUAUCGAGCUCCCCAACAGCCAGAUGGAGUUAACUCCUAAGAUCGAGGUUAUCGAGCUCCUUGAUGACCAAUACGCAGAGGCUACUUCUACUAUCAGCGUUGCCCAACUGUCUCACAGCAAUCUAGUACCUUCUCAACCGGCACCAUCGACCGCGGAGCUCGAUAUCGUUGAAUUUGUGCCCGAAACUUUGUCUGAUCCCGAACCUGAGCCUAUACUCGUUGAUCUACCGCAAUCCCCAGUCACAAGUAUUCCAUCCAUUGCUUCUUCUCCCCCUCGGUCUAUUGUCCUAAGCCCCCGGCCACCAUCAACCACAUCAGUAGCUCACGAAGCCUUCACCCCUCUCCGAUCGGUAACGCCUAGCACGACCAAACAGGACGAGAUUUAUGAAGCGCUUCCGAUGCCUAUCAGUCCCGCUCCCAGCCCGGUCCGCCCCACCUUCGAGCACAUCGAUUUAGCAGAGGUCAUCAUUCCUCUUUCCCCAUCGCCCGUCAGCGAGCGAGCAAGUCAAUACUCGCAUGACCUCGAUUUGUCCGGACGUGAGGCCGCUGCUGUACCCCAGGAAUCACAGUCACCAAAGCGUGGUAGAUUGGCGUCUUCUAUUACAUCUAUCGACACCAGUUCCCCCUCGCCAGCUGAGAAAACGACAAUGCGACCCGCUAUGCCACCCCUUAUCACCAUCCCUGUUCCAUCGCCUGUCCCUACAGUGAGCCCGUAUCCCAACUCGGCGGCCAAACAACCCCCUGCCCAAGCAGAGCUCGAGUCCAAGCCUAAUGCGGCGACAAACGAAAUACCCAUUCCAAUCGUUUUGUCGAACGACCUUCCCACCAACGACGUGCCCGCGAAGUCUGACACGGCUACGAAGGCAUCGUCAAGAAUUUUGGAUGGGUUUUCGCCAUUGCGAUGGUUCGGCUUCGGAGGAUCGUCUUCACCCUCGAUCGAGAUUAAGCCUGUGGAAGCCAAGCCUGUUGAGGUCCCACCUAUGGAAACCAAGUCUGUGGAAGCCAAGCCGAUCAAGAUUAUGGAGGUCGAGGUCGAGCCAGUCAUAGUUAAACCCGUAGAGGCAGUGCCUAUGGAGAUCAAGCCUGUAGCAGUCCAGGUUAUAGAGACUAUAGCUACGGAAGUCAAAGCGGUUGAAACCAAGCCUGUAGAAGUCAAGUCAGUCAAGUUGGUUGAACCUACAAUUGUGGAGAUCAACCCAGUCGCGGCCAAACCAAUCGAAACACCGGCUAUAGUCUCCCAUAAUCCCAAAGUCGCUGGAGAGCGGGAGAGGCGGCCUAAAGUCACGCUCGUCCCGAUCCGUAAGGCAGCUUCGCCAACUUCGCCUGAGUCGCCUGCGAUGGAGAGGACAACAUGGUCGAGAUGGCCGUAUCAACCCACUAUGGUAACAUCCAUCCCACCGGUCAAACCUAGGGUACCUCUAGCACGGGAUUCAGUUACUGCUCCUACACGUUCCGAUGAGCAGACAGCAUCAGCCCGCACCCCGAUUAUUUCGACCAUGCCUCCGAUCAUUCCUGUCGUCUCGAUGAGGACGGACCAACCGUCCAUAAAGCCGAAAACAGAUUCUCCACAGCCACGACGCCCGCCCAGGCCCGAUGACACGGUACUACCCAUUCCUCAGACACCACACCAUGCUCAAAGCAUUCUCACCAACGAGAAGAGUGAACGCCCUGUGAAACGCCCCUCAGACCCCACUCGAGUUGUCACCCCAGCACCUAACACCCCAUCUGUCGCUUUCCAGUCUCCUCGAUCUUCAGAGGACUCGCUACCCGCAUACACUCCUCAAGCGCCUAAUGUCGAUCGGGAGCCCAAGCCUGCUCCCCGCGGAAUCCUUAAACAGCGUAUUGCAUCCCCAGCCAUGCCCCCUACGACCAAUGCUCCCGCUAGGAGCCCUGUGCGUUCCGUCCCACAGGUAUCUAGAUUCGAGUUCACAGGCUCCCGUAACAUCCCCACCUAUGAGAACUGGAGUCAUACACAAUCGGCCCGAGGAGAUUGUUUAGGCAGUACUAGUAUUCCACGAUCCCACGGAACAGCGAUACCGGUCACUGCGACAACUCCACCUUCGUCUCGUGAUCGCACCUCUGGCGAUUCUAGUCAUCGCUCUCGACCGAAGCGCUCCCCCAAAGAGUCGGGUUCAGUGCCAAACAAGACCUCUCAACCUCAUACACCUUCGCCUUCAAGGGAAACUAAAGCGACUUCGAAGAUUACCACACCACCUAAGCCUAACCUGGUACCAGUCUUGAACGAUAAGAUUAUCCGGGCCAAGGCCCCGAAGCCCGCAAAGAUUUCUACGGCGCGAACUACGAGUAGCGCUUACAUCCAACCGCUCACCUCGCCUAUUCUUCUUACGAGUGAGAACUACGGAGCUCGAUUGCCUGAAAACAGUGUAUAUCAAUAUGAUGGGAUUUCUCCUUCCGAAUCUCUUUCCCCCAUCACCAGGAAGAACAUUUUCGAUAUCCUCCAGAAGCAGGUCGCUCCACAAAUCUUCCCAGUCCUUGCACGUCCAAGCUUCGAUGGAAAGAAGAUGUUGUACUCAAAUCGGCGCCUGAAUGUCAGCAGCCGACAAGAGUUCUCGAUAGAACUAGCUGAGUCUGGGCAGGAACCACAAGUGUACGUAGUCCAAUUGAAGAAGAUCGCUGUAAUCACUCCCCAGAUCACUCCCACGUUUCGUUGA